AUGAUUACGAUCCCAUACCUUACCGCUGUAUCCACGUACUUCAGCUACGGCUUGCUCUUCGCCUUUGGCCAGCUUCGCGAUUACUCCCGCCUCAUCUUCGAUUGGUGGAGCACCAACAAUCUCCAGGGAUACGCGCCGAUCUGCUUGGCGCAUGAGGAUUUCUACAUCCGGCGAUUGUACCAUCGGAUUCAGGAUUGUUUUGGACGUCCCAUAGCGAGUGCACCUGAUGCUUGGGUUGAUGUGGUUGAGAGGUACUCCAAUGACAACAACAAAACGCUAAAGCGAACAACAAAGAGCAAAAGGUGUCUUAAUUUGGGGUCUUACAACUAUCUUGGAUUUGGUUCUUUUGACGAAUAUUGCACGCCUCGUGUUAUUGAGUCUUUGAAGAAAUUUUCAGCAAGUACAUGCAGCUCCCGCGUUGAUGCAG